CAGGCGAAAGCACCACAGAGAUCACAGAGACCACGAGCAAAGCGGAAAGCACCGGCUCCUACAGUCUGGUGUGGAAGGCCCAGGGGACCAGCUUCUUCGACCAGUUCAAGUUCCUGUGGGACGAUCCAAACCACGGCUCCGCGGAGUACCUCCUUCCACCGAAGGCCGAAGAAGAGGGUGUCGUCGAAGCGACCAACAACUAUGCCAUCAUCCGCGCGGGGCGACGGAGUCCUCAGUAUAAAUACAAGCGGAUGACCGCCCGCAUGGAAACGAAGCAGUCCUGGAAGAACUUUUUGUCUCUCUUCAAGUUCUCCCAUGUUCCUUACGGCUGCGGCGUUUGGCCUGCAUUGUUCACUCUGGCGGAUCAUGGAGAAUGGCCCAAUGGUGGUGAACUGGACAUGUUGGAAUAUGUCAACAUGGACGUGUCUAAGUCCUCCUUCCACACGGGCGGCAGCUGCAAGCUCAACCCCUCAGCCGUGAACGAGUAUGGCUCGAUGCCGGACAGGAAUGACAUGAAUUACGAUUGCGUCACGGACUAUCCUGACAGGCUGGGCUGUGCGCCCAACAAGUGGAUGAAGAGUUCGGAGAGUUGGGCUCACAGCCCUGGGAUCCUUGCCACGCAGUGGACGGAGAAAUUCAUCAAGCUCUUCUACAUUCCAGAGCAUGAAAUUCCACAGGACAUCCAAGAUGAGACACCAGACCCAGAGGAGUGGAACCGUUGGCUCUUCUCCUACUUCCCCUUCUCUGGGACCAGUUGUGACAUCGCGGCUCAGAAGCUGAUGAUGCAAAUCAAUUUUUGCGGCGAUUGGGCGGGCAAAGUCUGGAGUGCCGAUGGCAACUGCAAUUGGAGGGUGCCCCACUGCCGGGCUGUUGACCCGCUGAAAGAGUAUGCGCCAGAUGAGGACUGCUGCACGCAGUUCAUUUGGGACCCGGACAACAGGUACCACACGGAUCAGUACCUGAGAGAGAGGGCCUACUUCAACAUUUCCUAUAUCAAGGUUUUCCAGUAGCUCUUUUUGUGUCGGUUGUUUUGCCUGGGAUCCUUGUCGUGGCCUGUCAGAGGCUUGGUCGAGC